GGGCGGAGCUACGGGAGGCCAUGGGGCAGCGCGCGGCGGUGCUGCGGUUCCGCCCCCGACCGCCCCGCGCGGAGCUGAGAGUGAGAGCCAGGCUGCCGGUGCUGCUCCCCGUGGCGGCGGUGGUGGCCGUUCCCAUUGGCUGCUACUUCGGGGCCGCCCCCCCACAGCGACGGCGGCUGCGGCUGCUGCUGGGGGGGGUGGGGCGCUUCGCCAGAUCUCUGUCGGUUGGAGUGGGGAUCUCCGUGGACUACUGGUGGACACAACACGUGGAGCUGUGGGGCGUGGAGGAGGGCAGCGCUCCGUUCGAGGCGGCCAUGGCGCGGUGCCACGAGCGGGGGGCGGAGCGGCUGCUGCGGGGGGCGCUGCGGAACGGCGGGCUGUACGUGAAGCUGGGCCAGGGGCUGUGCGCCAUGGGGCACCUCCUGCCGCCGCAGUACCCGCGUGUGCUCCGCGCCUUGGAGGACAGAGCGCUGCCGCAGAGGGGGCAGCAGGUGGACGAGCUGUUCCUGGAGGAUCCCGAUAUCCCCAUAUAUGUCCCCAUAUAUGUCCCCAUAAUGUCCCCAUAUAUGUCCCUCUGGCGCCCCCAGGUGGACGAGCUGUUCCUGGAGGAUCCCCAUAUCCCCAUGUAUAUCCCCAUAUAUGAUGUCCCUCUGGCGCCCCCUGGUGGACGAGCUGUUCCUGGAGGAUCCCCAUAUCCCCAUAUAUGUCCCCAUAUCCCCAUAUAUGUCCCCAUGUCCCCAUAUCCCCAUGUAUAUCCCCAUGUCCCGACGCUGUCCCUCUGGCGCCCCCUGGUGGACGAGCUGUUCCUGGAGGAUCCCCAUAUCCCCAUAUAUAUAUAUAUGUCCCUCUGGCGCCCCCUGGUGGACGAGCUGUUCCUGGAGGAUCCCCAUAUCCCCAUAUAUGUCCCCAUAUAUGAUGUCCCUCUGGCGCCCCCUGGUGGACGAGCUGUUCCUGGAGGGUCCCCAUAUCCCCAUAUAUGUCCCUCUGGCGCCCCCAGGUGGACGAGCUGUUCCUGGAGGAUCCCCAUAUCCCCAUAUAUAUCCCCAUAUCCCCAUAUAUAUAUGUCCCUCUGGCGCCCCCUGGUGGACGAGCUGUUCCUGGAGGAUCCCCAUAUCCCCAUAUAUGUCCCCAUAUCCCCAUAUAUGUCCCCAUAUCCCCAUGUAUAUCCCCAUAUCCCCAUGUAAAUCCCCAUGUCCCGACGCUGUCCCUCUGGCGCCCCCUGGUGGACGAGCUGUUCCUGGAGGAUCCCCAUAUCCCCAUAUAUGUCCCCAUAUCCCCAUGUAUAUCCCCAUAUCCCCAUGUAUAUCCCCAUAUAUGUCCCUCUGGCGCCCCCAGGUGGACGAGCUGUUCCUGGAGGAUCCCCAUAUCCCCAUAUAUAUCCCCAUAUCCCCAUAUAUGUCCCCAUAUAUGAUGUCCCUCU